AUGGCGGACAAGGAGGUUCAGCCAGCCGAGCUGCCACUCACGCAGCUGUGCGGAAUCUGUCAUGAAAAGAGGCAAAAAUACAAGUGUCCUCGGUGCGCCAGCCGCACGUGUUCGCUCGCCUGCUCCAGACGCCAUAAGCUGUGGUCGCAAUGUUCUGGCGUUCGAGAUCCAGCUGAAUACCUCAAGAGAAGCGAAUUGGCCACGCCAGCUGCAUUUGAUAAGGACUUCAACUUCCUCACAGGUAUAGAAAGGUCGCUUGAGCGUGCCGAGAUUGAUGCCGAAGCACGAGGAAUUGAUCUAGUUCCCGACACCAAUCCUGAUGGAGGCAAAACGAAGCAACGGAGUGACAAGGUGCGCGGCGAGGUGCCCUUGCAGCGAGGCAUGGAGAAAAGUGGCGUUUGCAUUGUCAAAGCUCCAAAGGGAAUGACACGGAAUAGGUUGAAUUCAUCUCAUUGGCAUAAAAAACAAAAAUGCUUGAGCUGGGCAGUUGAGUGGAUUUUUCCUGACGGCCAGAAGACCAUAACCAAGUGCUUGGAUACUACCAGCGUUGGAACGGCGCUCAACCGCGUUCCCCUGGUCAAGGAACUAGGGUUUGCCAGCCGCGUCAACGGUGAGAAGAUCACAGAGCCUCCAGCAAAAAGGAGGAAAGUAUCCAUCGAAAAUUUUAGCAGGGGCAGGGCCAUAGACCCAGUGGAAGAAAGCACAGUCACCUCUUGCACUGUUGAAGGUUCAGUCAGCAUGGAAGCGGACGGGGAUCCCGCUCCAGAUGAUGUAUCUUCAUCUAAAACGCUGAGCCCCAGUCCUGCAUUCCCGUCCACAAACGAAAGCGAGGCCCCCUCAAUGCCGCCACCAGAAUCUCUAACACCCACAGCUCCACCAUUGCCCGAAGAUAGCCCUCUCACCAGCAAUGAUGGUGAUACUAAAAUGCUACACGUUUACCUGCACAGGCCGCAGACAUGCGCCAAAGUCCCGGUUCUGAUACCAGUAACAGACCAAUCAGCCUCCUUGGGAGCAGUUCUUCGUGACAGAACUGUUCUUGAGUUCCCCACCUUUUAUGUGCUUGAGCUUUCUCCAGAUCAGAUAUCAGGCGAGAAGUAUCUGCUGGAAGAGCAAUACGUAGCUCAGUAUAAAGACGAUAUUAAUCCAAAUGGUUCUGGCGAAGAAGGGGAAAUAGACGAAGAGGAAAGCGAAGAAGCAAAAAGGCUUGCAGAGCUAAAUGCUUUAAAGGUAAUGGAAGUACUAAGGAAAGACUUGGAAGCAAAUGUUGCGUCAUAUUUUGAAUAG